AUGACGUGAGUAGAAUCUACUGCACCAGUACACAAACUGCAUGGGGAAAGUUGGAAGUUGCCUUUAGAAGACAUUCCUUGUUUGUGUGUGCGCGUGUGCUCAUGCACACACCUACAUGUUACAAGAAUCACAUCAGCCUCCACAGGCAACACAGAUUCUCACUUCUGAGAAUUCUGAAGAGAUGGGCAGAGAAGGCUGUUGAGGAUGACAAGGAUACACGCAGGGAAGGAGGAGACCUUGGCCACCACUUGCCCCUGUUUAUCUUUCCUAGUGACAAGGACUCAUCCACACUUCUGCUUGUCCUCUGCCUAGAAUGCAUGAGUAAGAGCAGUUUCCCUAAACCCUGAUUGCUGUUUGUUCUGAUUCAGAGCUAAACCAUGGGUUUUCCUGGGUGACAUCAGUGGGGCAAACGGAAGUGUAGAUGAGCCCUGAUUGUCCCCAGGCACUGUGAAGGGAGGGAUAGGGACACAAUUUGUCACUAAUAUGUAGAAUUGUACACAAAAUACUGUGACUACUAAAAGAGUCUGAAAAUGCAAUGUAAGUUUUUACACCCAACAACCAAAAUAGAACUUAUUGAUUGGUGUUACUCUCCUGCAUUUUAUCCCCUGUUUAACUGGUAUCUAAUUCUGAAGCUUUUGAUCUUUCUCUUAGAAUCUUUGGACACAUAAGUUUCCGCUCAGAUUGGGAGUUAGUGAAGGUAGAUUUCCGCCCUUCUUUUCCUCGAGAAUGCACUGACGAGGACUAUGAAUCAUGGGACCUGACAAAUCUACAGGUAUAACCUCAGAUAAAAUAGUCGCUGCCACAACUGGUGACACUGGUCUGAUUCAGUGUUACAUGUACAAACCAGAAUGAACCCUUCUGUGCUUCUCCUCUCCUGCCUCCCACUUUUGUUUGUAAAGGGUGGAUAUGUAAAGCUUCCAUUCAUGGUCUAGAUAUAACAAGCUGCAGUUGCCUGUUUCAUGUAAUUACAGAAAACUGUGGUGGUUUGCACAAACCAUAGUUAUUUAAUAAGUCAUGGUGUCAUCCUGGUUUAAUAUAUUGGUUUCUUAACUAACUAUGAUCUGUAAAAACUACAGUGUUCUAAUUUCAGACAAACUAAGAAACUGCAGUUUGUUAUAAACACCAAUUGAAAACUUUUUAAUUUCCUCCUCUUGUAGAGGAAGGGAAAUAGGGAACAUUUGAUGCCAAGGCUCAAAACAGCUCAUGUAUUUAACACUAAGGCGGCAGUCCUGCACUGCACUUUAAGGAGUAAGUACCAUUAAACUCAGCCUUUACUUCUGAGUAGACAUGCCUAGGAUUCAAUAGGAAGUUUUUUCAUGCCUAAUUGUGUUAUGGGGAAAUUUUCCACAGGGGUCACAGCACACAUUAACCAUUUCCUCCCUAUCUGUGCCCCCCUCAAACAAAGCCAGCUGGCCACAGUAAUUAGACAGACCCCUGGAGUAAUUAGACUUUAAAAGCCACUUCCAGUAAGGUACUUUUCCUCAAGCCUAAUUACUGUACUGUGGGGAGGGGAGGUUGCAGGCCAGAUGGGGAAGCCUCAUAAGCCACACCCAGCCUGUGGGAAGAAUCUUCCCUACCCCUGGACAUUAUUUGGGUUUCUAAAUCUAUGUCUUGUUUAUUCCCAGAAAUUGUCAGGGACUGGGCAGAGGAGGAAUGGUGGAGACCGCCUCCCCAGCUUGACCCUUCCAGGGAGGAAGAAGAGAUAGGCAGUUUAGAUUUACAACAAGGGUUUAAGGGAGGUCACAGCUCAGAGGCAAUGAGGGCGAAAGUUGGGAAAUAAUGGGAGAGGAGGAAGAGGAAGAGGAAGCAUCGGGCGGGGGGGACAGCUGAUGGACACAAGUGUCUUUAGAAAGCAUUCCAGACACCCCAUCUCCCAGAACCCGGCAAGACUUGAAAGUAGAAGAGCAAAGAGCUCAAAGACAGAAGGCCCUUGUCAGCACCCAUAGGAGAGAUGAUGCAAAUGACGAAUGAGAAAGUGGGGGAGACGGGGGUGGAGAUUCAAUUGGGACAGUGCCAUUAUCCAAGAGGCUAGGUUCUAUAGCCUCUCUCUGUAAAUAGUGAAAGCAAACGGUAAGAAACAUUUCCAUGUCUUUGUACAUUCCUUUGUACAUGCCUUUGUACAUUCCAGGAGUCACUGGCAGCAGCCUGACAAAAAUUCAGGUUGAUAGCUGGCCAUUAAGGAGUCACCAACACUGAUUAGUAUAAAUCCAAUAUUACCUCUACUAAUGUCAGCCAUUUAAAAAUCUUUUUUUUUUUUUUUAGUGCUAAAGAGAAUUGGCUAGCUGUUAGCUAAGGUGAGAGAGUCUGCAUUAUUAAAAGCCAGUUAGGCCUCAGAUUGCUGGUUUUGACCUAUAAAGCCUGAAACCCAGAGGGUGAUAACGUGAGAGCGGGCCUUUUCUGUGGUGGCUCCCCAUUUGUGGAAUGCUCUCCUCAGGGAACCUUCUUUAGACACCAGGCCUUCGAUUAAGUAAACAAUCUAUGUCCUUUUAAACUGAAUGUGUGUGGGUGUUUUCAUUGUUUUCUUUGUCAUUAUGUUAUGUAUUUUAGUUUUUUAUACUGUAAACCUUUCUGUGAUCCUUGGAUGAAGGGCGGUAGGUAAAUAACAAACAAACAAACAACCUUUGUAUGUUUAAUCCUAUCUGGUAGUUAUGAGAGUUCACAUUCUAAUGUUCAGGGCGACCUCUGCAUCAUGGGUCAGCGGAGAAGUUUUCGGAAGAGGAAGAGUUCCUCGUGGUGCAUUAAAGGAAGAAACUUCACAUCCGCACUCACUUCCACAGCUUGUGAGUGCAGCCCUUCUGAUUUCUCAUGGUGAGCUUUUCUAUAGGUCUUUGUGACGGCUUAACUACAUAUUCUGUAUUAAUCUUAUUGAAAACCCUAAUAUUUAACAGAAGUGGUAGUUAUGCACUGGUUAGAAAGAGAAAAUUAUUUCUAGCUUUCCUUUGAGGAUGCGGUGGUGGUAGUAGUAGUAGUAGUAAUAGUCAACACUUCAUAUCUCCAGCUGUUCUACCCCCCCUCCCCCUAUGCAUUUGUCAGAGUUACUUAGAAGACUUCAUACCCCACCUUUCAGUUCUAAAGGACCCCCAUGGUACCUUACAGACAGAUUUUGAAAACAAUAUAGGGCAUUUGAAAAUAAAGUAUAAAUAUGUAGAAUUUUGAAGUACAUACAGCAGCAGCAGUAACUUCCCUCCCAAGGCCUUCGCACAUAAUGUGUUCACUGCCCACCAAAAGUUGAGCAGUUAUUGAACCUGGAGGAGCUUCCUUGUAACAGCAUUUCAUAACUGUGAGGACUUGACUGAAAAGGCAGUGUCUCAGUCACAACUCCAAGCAAUUUCUGGUGCCCCCCAGCCCCCCAUAGUUGGGCUGUUGUGUUUGUUUGUUUGAUUCCAUUUAUGAAUUUCACAGUGAUUCCACAGCAAACAAUUGGAAACAAAUUUCAUAUGUAAGAACAGUUAAAACCCAAUACAGAUACAGGCCAGGAUAACGAACAACACUUAAAAGGUUUGUUGAAAAAGGAUUGUGUUGUGUUUGGUCCUGUGUCAGUCAGAAAAUGGACUGAGUGAGGACAGGAAGUAGCUACAUACUCAGCUCUGAACAUUUCCUGCCUUGGAUGCAGGGUGGCUAUCACAGCUCAUGUGACGGCCUGAAACUCACUAAAGCCAUAUUUCAGCUGAGACCAAUGGUCCUUUUACAAGCACAAAUGAUCAAGCUGGUGGCACCUGCAUUUAGUCCACAAAAACUAGGGAGAAACCCAUGACACAGUGGCUCAGCCAUGACCAGAAUCCUACUGCCCAGGUCUGGACCAGCCCUUAUAUAAAGGUUGUUCCUUCAUGGAGUGCUGUAGGGCCAGCCCACGCUAGUGGAAAGAGGCAUUGCACACAUUCUUUCCAGAGCCUUUUUACUCACCACACUGCCUGCUUGGGUUUGGGAAGGAGCUUGCAGGUGAUAGGCAGUUUGUUUGCAUGGGGUCCUCAGGGCACUGUGGCUGCAUUCCGGUUGCAGGGCUCAGUAGACUCCUGCCAUACAAGAGACCCUGGGGUGGGGGCUGGCUGACCCUCACACACUUGGCAUGAGAUGGCCUCCCUAUGGGCUACAAAAGAUGCCAGUUGUGUACUCGUACUCCCCAGGCCAUGUACACUACAAAUAACACUUUACAAAUUAAUAGUAAAGACAAGUCAACUUCAUGAUUAAUGCUUGUUUGUUGUUCUGUAGUGAUUAUGGGUUUGAGCGUUCAGCACUGCAAAAAUCUGAGCCAAACACGUGCUUUGCUGACUUUUGGUUCAACCCUGAAACUCCUCCUGAAGACUGUGUCUUAGGGCAGGCCUACAGAAGCAGCACAGGGUAAGUACUUGGGGAGUGUUCUGCUGUGGAAAGCAGCCCCAUAGCUUCCUUCCUUUCUUCAGUUAAUCCAUUGCCUUUCUAAAUGGAUAUUGAAAGGUUGCUGUUAGCCAUUCCCAGUUUGGUUUAACAGACAAACCUUUUUCUCAGGGAACUCUGAGAGUUGUGGCUUUGGGAAGAGAAUAGGGGUCUCCUAAGACUCUCAGCACCCUGAACAAACUACAGUUCCCAGGAUUCUUUGGGUGAAGCCAUGACAGUUUGAAGGGGUAUCUUAUUGCUUUGAAUGCAUGGUGUGGAUGUGGCUUUAUGUGGAAGCAAGUCCUAUUGACCUUGGUGGGAAUAACAUCCAAAUAGAGAUAUAGCCCAGUGCUUUGCCUGCAAAACAUCCCAGGUUCAAUUCCUGGUAUCUCCAGGUAGGGGUCAAAAUGCCCCCUCUCUGAAACCCUAGAGAGCCAAUUCUGGUUAGUCUGAACAAAACUGAGCUAGAUGGACCAGCAGUCUGGCUCAGUAUAACACCGCUUCCUGUGUUUCUGGAUUGUGCUGUUGGUUACCUUGGUCUGGUUCUCUUCCUGUUUUCCUCCUGCCUCAUCCAUGGGGAGAGAUCAGAUCCCUCCAAGUUAUGAUGCAUGCUGUGUUCGAUGUACAGUCCCAUUGUGCACUUAGAUAUGCUCUAUUUCCAUUUUUUCUACAGGUAUCGCAAAGUUAUAUCUAAUAUAUGUGAGGGUGGUGUGGAUUUACAGCAAAACGUAUCUCAGCAUCUGUGCCCUCUGACUGCUCCCAGAGGACUGCAGAUAAGCAUCAAAGGGGAGAGCCUUGCUAUUAAGCCUGGAGAAGAUGUCACCUUCAUUGUCAAACAAGAACAGGUAACUGUAAUUUCCUGCCUCUGUAGAUAUUUGUCUCCCAUCUGCUUAGUGAAUGGAUAGAAGCUGGGAAAUGGCAUGAUACCCUGCAUAUUUGUUAACCACAGAAGAAAAGGCAUAUUAAUUCAGGUGCUGACGGUUCCAAUACCAGGACACUUAACACAUUCUAAAACAUUCCCCAUAUUAGUAUUUGCUAACUGGGGCAGUUCAGUGGCACCCGUUGCAGGCCCAGGCCGCACACUUCCACUCCUCCGCUCAGUUGAGCUACCAAUAAAAGACACCACACAGUUGAAUGGGAUCAAAUCAGGCCACAACUUUAUUGACUACAGAUGAAGUGGUUUGGCAUAGACAUUGAGUAAGCAUUUUAAUUUCUGAGCUGCCUAUGGAAAAUGACCUCAGGGUCAAUCCAGCAGCAGGGAUUCCUAUGACUUACAUCAAAUGGGAGGAUCCCUGCAGGGAUCCCUGCCUCUAGGAGCACUGAGACCCAAGCCCACUGUCUGGGCAAAUGAACAGAAGCAACUCCAUCAUGGAUCCCUUUAAUGGGAUACCCUGUUUCUGGAGGGGAAAGCGGGGGUACAUCCCCCCCUCCAAUCAAGACUAAGGUCACUCGGUGCCUAAACUGCCGAAGUUGUGACGAUUGCUACGAGGUAGGCAAAACCUCCAAGUCAUAGCCAGUUCUCAUGAGAGGCAAAUUCCUACCCAGCCACAACAGCUACCGCAGCCGUAGGAAGGUCAAUUCAAUGAGUAAAUGCAAAAUUAAUAGAGUGGGUGGUGGGUUGAUCCAACGAAGAAGAGCUGGGUGUUGGGGGUCCGGUGUGGGCUGCUUUAAAUCUCCCGGGAGCGGACCUGAGGGAAGCCUGAUUGUUCUCUCUAGCCCGCUCCCGGAGAGCCCAGCUCUCUGUGCCAGUCUGCCAUUGGCCAAUUUGGCAGGCUGACGCAGAGCAGGAUUUCAAGCUGGGAGCACGAACCAAAGCUCACGCUUCAGCAGGGAUCAGACCCUUCAUUGUCGGUGUGGUGGAGGUGCUGGCCGCCCUGCAAAGCCACCGCACCCCUACCUAUUAGGGGGUAAGCGGAGUUGCCCAUGAUCCUUGCAGCUGGGAUCAACUUUCAUUUGGAAGCAGGACAUGUGUUUUAUUCUUUCAGGAUAGAGUUUCCACUUGGGUGUGGGUGUGGGGGUGGGAACCUUGGCCAAUUCUUUCUAGGGAAAGAUUCCUUUCAAACUCCUUGUCCUCCCAGAUCCAGCCCGGCCAAUUAAUGUGAAAAGAAGUUUGCUGCAGAGCUUUUCCUUGCUAUUAAUCCCCUCUGCUGUCUUCACAGAACUUCCUCUUAACAUAUGUUAGGAAGAAAAUGGCCCCUUGUUAGGUUGCUUGGAUUAUCCAAAUAUCACUUCUUCCAGAAAGUACUCCCAGUCUAUUUUUCUCCCCCCACGGUGUUUUCCCCCUCAAGGCCAUGCUGUUAUGAACACUGCAGAGUCUCUUCUCUUGAGAUGGAGCAGGAGUGGCAAGCUACAGGCAGCCCUACUCUCUGUCCUCUCCUGAUAUCAAGGCUGGACAAGGCUUGCAAGACAACCCUAGCAUUAAUUAAAAUGAUGCAGCUGCCUCAGGUUGGGGAAUGUUGGUGAGGGGGCAGGGAGGAGUAGCAGCAGCAGCCCCCUAUAGCUACUCCUUCUGAGUCCUUCCCCCAUUCUCCUCUCUGUGUCUGUCCUGUCCUGGGUCUCCUGCUGCCCUCAAAUGCAGUGGAGUCUGCUGUCUUGUUGCCAGUGUUGAAGCAAGAGCCAACUGCUAGUUGCCUUCUGUGUAAGGAAUGUGGUGGUGGGGAACAUGCCUGUGUGGGAUGGCAUACCUUGCCCCGGAGUGAAAUAAGCUAGGGAAAGUCAAAGAUAGGGUGUGUAAUCUAGGAACAUCCUCAUCCAGAAGACAUCUGACCCUAUAUAAACCUCUGGGGAGAUAGGGCACACCCCAAAUUUCUGGUCUUAUAUUUGUUGUGGAGCUUGUAACAAAGCUUUACAGAGCUGCGUAAUCUUGGGAAAGGGAACCCACAUAUUCACCAUUUCUGAUCCGGUUCCCCAUGCAGGUAGUCCUCAAAGAGCUGCUAAAACCACUCCAGUUCCAAGUGUAGGGUGUGGGACUGCAGUUGUGCUUCCUCAGCCACUAUUCUGGUACCAGAGUCUCAUGAUGGCUGCCCAUUGCCAUGUUGGUUGGGGCCAAUGGGAGGUGGGAUCCAACAACAUCUGGAGUUCCACAGGGUUUUCCAUCCCUGAUCUAGAGCAAUGCUGAAUCACCCUCUGAAAAGAAACAGAAGGGGCUUCUUCCAAGGAACAAAAAGAAAAUAAAUAUUCCCUCCUCAGGCAGUAUUCUGUGAUGGAUCAUUCCUCAUCAAGAUCCAGUAUUUUGGUGGAACCAACACACAGUGGAAUGGUGAAUUCCCAGAGGAAGAGGAGGAUUGUGUAUUGAUUGAUUGAUGGUUCCCUGGUGUACAUCAAAAAGGGGUUCAAUCUAUGUUAGAGAGAGUGACUGGGCUUGUUUCCCCUGGUGUAAUGGGAGAGAGGGCCUUCUUGCCUCUGAGAUAAUCUCUCUCUAGUGUUGUGCCCAGCUUAUCAGAUACCUUAUCUGGGCUGCUGCAUAAUAUUUUGAGAGAUCAGGAGCAGCUGAGCCCACCCCCCACGGGGGCUUUGUAGUUUGGAGGGUUUAUUGGCUUAGAUGUAGGUGUUUCAAAACAUGACAGGUUGGUAGAGUUUGGAAUAAGACUAAGAUAUAUUGCCAGAUAUUCAUUCUCACCAUUGAAAUUCAUGUAACUCGGAAUAAACUUUUCACUGUCCAGUUUUUUAGAUCCUCAGGUUGGUUUGGGAACAUUCCAAAGUGACCUGAGCUGGGGACAACAAUCAGAAAAAUCUGAAUCUGAGGGAGAGCCUUGGAUGAUUAGUUUACUUCUGUUGUUCUGCAUGACACUGUCCCAAACACUUGGAUUUUGAUCUGAGCGUGGCGAGGAAGUUUGAGGGUUGGAAGACUUGAUUCCCAUUUUGAGGAGGGUCCUCACUGACAUUUGAAUCCAAGCCAAGUAUGGAUAAAUUCAUAGGAACUCCCACAUUCUGAAUGCUGGACAGGCAUUAUUCCAGGGAAUAUUCUCACACAUUUCAUCUGAUUUAUUUAAGAAUCUUCCAAAUGUCUAUGUAUUAAAAGAGAUGAAAGCAAUCAUCUUUUGCCCUAUGAAAGAAUUGGCAGUAAUAAUCCUCCUGAUGACUAAUUCUGUUUGUUUCCCAGUGCCAGUUUUUAUGAUGGAGCUGAAUGCAGGUGUGUGUGUGGCUUUGUUUCGGUUUUAUCUGUCUCUUAUUUUUGCUGUUCUUGGCUUUUCAUAGGGAGAUAUUUUGAACACCAAGUAUCAGCUGAACCUUGGCGAUGGGGUUAAGGCCAUCUAUGUGAAUCUCACCUUGACAGGUGAACCCAUACAACACCGCUAUGCAAACCCUGGGAUUUACCGAGUCUCAGUGAUAGCUGAGAACGCUGCAGGCCGAGACGAAGCAGUUGUGUUUAUUCAGGUUCAGUGUAAGUCUUGACCUCUUUUUCUUAAUUCUUCUCUAGUCUUUUGUCAUCAGCAUCCUUAGUAGCAGUAGAAGUAGUCAUAGCCAUACUACUAUUGCCAUAGUUCAGUCUUGGCAACCUGUGAAAUGAAGGCUUUUGUUACUUCAGAAAGAAGCAGAGACUCAGCUAAAUUUGACCAGCUAAGUGCUCUUUUUGUUUAAAAAUCCAAGGUGUGUUGGUGUGUCAGGGACUGCCAGAGGUCCAUAGUAGGUGCUUCCUACUAGUAGGUGAUCUCUGACACAUUUAUUCAGUAUGCUGGAUCCCUGAAAGCUGUUCAGCACCCAAGCCCACCUGCUAGAAAACAAUGGAAGCAUAAACAGGUGGCGCAUGAGCUCUGCUUUGCACAGAUCCCUGUGCUACAACAUUAGGUAAAGGGUAAAGGGACCCCUGACCAUUAGGUCAUACCAUUAGGUGCUACAACAUUACUAUUUGUCAGUGUAGUACCUCUUGUGCAGUCUGUUUUGUGGUGAUGUGCAAAACAGAUAGUGUGGAAAGUCUUUCAGUAACACUUAAGUCCAUCAGAUGCUCUGUUUUGUUGCCCUAGCAUCAAACUAGUGUGGGAACAGAGAUUGUCAGACAUCCAGCAAAACCAUGACUUAAGCUUUUAAAAGAGGAGGUGGAUAAGGAAGCUGGUGGCAGGCAGAUGAUGGAGAGAUAUCACACCCUCACCCACUUAGCAGAGCUGCACCAAAGCAGUCUUCUUAUACUCCCCACACCCUGCUCUCUUUAUUAACCCAAAAAGCACCCCUGGAAGUUGGUCUAUUUUUCAUCCAAGUCUUGGACACAGAAGGAUCUUUGCAACUUCCGGGGAGGCGCCUCCGGCAAUGGCUGAAUUCCUCUGAUCGGGAGGAAUUUGCUCCGUGAAAAGCAGGGUCUGACCGCCACGGUGAAGGCGGAGACCCAUAGAAAUAACAGGCGGGAGAAGCCUGUGAACCUGGGAUUCGGCUGGCACCAUUUGUGCCCCCCCUACUCGCGGGGAAACCCUGUUUUGGGGAUCCGGAGCGACGUGGGGUGAGCGGCGCAGUGCUUUGAAUCGACCGCUUCUUUCACGGAGUGAAGCCGCAUUGCUGUUGUCGGAGAGCGCUGACUUUUUCCUGUGGACAAUUGGAUUUUAAACGACUACCCGUGAGUAGAACGGAAAAUUGGACUAUGAAAUUUCCUAAUUAGGAACCGAAGGCGGGAAGGUUCUAAACAGGAAGUCCGCCUCCCGUUUUGUAAAUAGAUUGAAGCAAAGACGUUACAAGCUAAAGUCUUUGAAAGCUUUUGAUAAAGGAUUAAAUUUCUACCGGACAAGAAUAUAUAACCCCUCUUGGAAGCAGGAGAAGAGAGGGGAAGUUUUGGAUUUAGUGUGCCUGCAGAAGAGAGUCAAAAUUAAAUUGCCACUGCUCUGAACCUGGAAAAGGGCUGCCAGAUGACGUUCGGGGAAUGUUUAUUGACAGAACGGAUUUGACAGCUAGCUAAAAUAAGAAAGGUACUGUCUCCAUUGUCCUUUUCUGCGUUUAAAAAUGGAGGAAAAAGUAACCGAAAAUUGAAACCAUUGUUACUUGCUUGAGUUGUGUUCGAAAUAAUUGAUACAAACGGAGACUGUUUCCCUCUAGAGGGAGCAUGUGAAACUGUUACAGGAGUGCAUUAGGGAGAGCUCCAGCUGCCAGAUAAGAUUCUGAAAAAUAGAGUCUGACCUUGGAUCACUCAAAAUGUUGAUAGGAGAAGCCAUUGUGACUGUAUUAUACAAGAUAAAUCACGCGCUGGAACAGCUUCAUAAAAAGACAGAUGACACGAUCUCUAAAAUUGACAACUUGGAACAGAACGUGAUUAAUUUGAAUCAAAAAGUGAGUGCUAAUACAGAAACAGCCCAGGAUUCGGUACAGGAACAUAUCUUGGUUGGACAAAUGGUGGAGGAAAAGGAGAAAGCUGAUGAUGUGAAAAUGGUGGAGAAAAAGGAGAAAGCUGAUGAUGAGAAACUAAAAGUAGUACAAGCGGGAUCCUUAAUUUAUCAGAAGCAGAUUGAGGAUUAUAAAUUGAGGUCUUUCAUGACUGAAUCUAGCAAAAGUCAAAUUUCGAGGACAGGAUCCCGGCUUGGAUUGAAGAAGGAAAGUUGGAAAGAACCCUCUAUCCAGGGAUUGACUGACUUUUGGGACAUGGACUUGGGCUUGGAGGAGUUUGAAGUUUUGGGGGUCGCUAGAAUUGGAGGAAUCCUGAAAUACAUUCUGAAACACUUUAUGGACUUUACUUUUAACUUUGGAAAUUUGGCUGAACUGUCCAGAAGGAACAAAAGUAUUGCUAGGCUGGAGUUUUCCCGAGACUUGCUCCUGAGCAUCAAAGAACAUGAAGAAGACCUGCAGAAGGGACUUGGAAGAGAUUUAAGAGCCUCGGAUAUUAGGGCACCAGGUUGAUGGAUUAUAUGGAACUGACGGAAAGGACUGGCAGAAUCCGAAGCCAGGGAGAGGAGAUAGUGGAAGAUUAAUGGAAAAUUUAAAGUGUUUAUUUAGAAACUUUGUUAAAGUAAUGACUGUCAGAAAAACGGUGGAAUGAUAUUUUAUGGACUUAGCAGAAAUACUAUAAGAAGUUGGGUGUAUAUAAGUAAUCAACCGUUAAUGGGAAAUAAGGUUUAAGAAUAUGUUAUUCUUAAUAUGACAGAAAAUAGAAAAGAUGGAAAGGAUUUGCUGAAACAAGUACUAGAAGCGGGAUACAAGAAGGGAGGUGUGAGGAAGUCGAGGAAACAAGGGAAUGAAGGAUAGAGUAUGGAAAAGGAGAGAUGCUUUUAAAUUGUUUUUGUCUUGCUUUGUUCAUGUGUUUAGUUUAAUGGGUUUAGGGUGGGUUUGUAUUGUUUAUACAUUGUAUUGUUUUUCUCUUUCUUUUUUUCUUUUUUUGUGUUUUCUCUCUCUUUUUUCUACUUUUUUGUAACUUUUAAAAGCAAUAAAUAUUAUUUAAAAAACAAAACAAAACAGAAGGAUCUUUGCAAAAACCUCCUGAAAGCUGAUUUUUUAGCCAGGGAACUGUGAUGCUUCCUAGACUUGGCAGAAAUUCAGAUGUGCAAUUCCUGAGGUUGUCUGGCCAAGAUGGAGAAACUUUCCCCAUCCCACUAAGCUGAAGCUGAAGCAAAAUCUCUUUGUAUGCUCUCUGGUCCCAUAGGGUGUUGAAAGUGACUCUGCCAAUAUUUUGGCUCAGUCUGGUUAGGGAGUUGCACUAUAACUGUCAAUUUUGGGGGUUGCACAGCUCCUUUUCUCGAAGCAGAAGGCUAAGCUACUUCAUAGAGUCUCAAUUCUCUGAAGCCUUGAAGGCCUUUCAAAGUUGGUGUGUUCAGUGCUGCUUAAACAUGGAUAUGAGGGGCUUCAUAAAGGCUUUGGAAUCCACUUCCUACGUGUAAGCAUAAUUAAAUCCACUUCUCUUUUUCUUGAUGAAAAUUUCAAUGUGUCACAAAUAUUUAUUGGGUCCCUUAACGCUGUGAGUGGACAUGCUGAACUUUCAAGCAAGAGCAUCUCAAAUUUAAUUCUGUAUGAGAGUUAAUUCAGUGACCAUUUUCUUGUAUAUUCUAGCAUGCAAGAGAAAGUGCUGCCGGAAAGUGAUUAACCACUUGGCUUUGGCCAUUUACCUCAACCUGUUGGCAAUGUGGGAUUUGCUUGAAAUGGAUUGCUUAUGUCUCUCAGCGCUUCAGUAUGAUAUUGCUGAUGAAUUGUUUAAAGAUUUCAGAACCUGAAGUGCUUAAUAAAUUAAUAGUUUCUUAAUUAAUGAUAGGGACUUUUUUUUAGCUCCGCUGCAGGCAUUACAGCUAGAAGUAGUUCCUGUUACUGGCAAAAAUCAGAAGGUGAACCUGACAGCCAUCAUCUUUCCCAGAAACGCUAACUUUACACUGUUUUACUGGUGGAUUGGAAACAACCUUCAGGUAUUGACUAGUAAUUAAUUCUGACUUCUCCAAUAUUUAAAACAGGAGUUCCUAACCUGUGGCUCUCAAGAUAUUGCUGGACUCUCAUUAGCCCCAGCCAUCACGGCUAAUAGGCAGAUAUAAUGGGACUUGUAAUCCAGCAACUUUUAGAGGUUUACCACCCCGUUUUAAAGCUUUGCUUCUUAUUCUUGUAUCACAUAUGAGAAACAUCACAAUCUUAUACAAUACCUGUUACACAAAAGUUUGUCUCCAGUAUCCUUUGUAUUUACCUGAGCACUGCAACUCCUUUUUUUUCAAGAGUAAUCACAAUUAUAAAGACCUUUUGGGUCUUUUCUUUAGGAUUUUAAACUAUUAUCAUUUUCCAGAACUAAGGUUAGCAUUAACCUUGGAUAAGUGUCAACUAAGGAAUUGGCUCUUCUGGAUAGAAUCUAGAAGGGACCUGCAACUAAUUAGAAACACCAAUUUCCCCCUUGAUAUCCAUUCCUGAGAACAGAGCAUUUUAGAACUAGUUACCUGACCAAAUUCUCACAAGUUUCCUUAAGAAAUGCCUCUAUUGAGCUGCAUUUCCAAGUGAUUCCCUGCAGUCUUGGAUGGUCACUACAAGAAGGUCCCAUAUGCAGACAGACCUCAGGUGGAAGACAUCACUCGUGAUCUGCCAGCCUGCCCCUUAUGUAGAAACCCAAGAGAUCGUUUUCUGAAGCCUUUGUUCACACAAGCAAGCUAGCACACCCCAGCAGAAAACGUGAUGUUUCUUUGGAGUGACAAUAAUAGUUUUGUAACACAGACAGUGGUCCUCUACACAUGGGCUGAAAAAAUCAGGGAAAGGGAGUUAGAUAAAAUUGCUGUAAAUUGUUGUGGAAAUUCAGGGGUUUGAUCUCAAAUCAAAUUGGAUUUGAGUUUGUUGUCUCUGGUAACUUCUCUCUCUUAACAUCAUGGAUGUUGGCUUAUAUUAUGGACGUAUGACCUGUAUUAUUUUAGUAAUACUAUUGCUACAAGUCUGUCAUGGCCUUUGGCUAGAACAAUAAAUUUAGGAACAAACAAAGUAUAGCAGUACGGAAGAGUGAUAAUCCUUUUAUAAAGAGUAAAUAAUAUUUUUAUUAGGAAUUCAGUGUGUGAGAGGGUAAGAGGUCACCUUAGAUGCUCUGAUAGAAAUUGGCUUAAUUUCUUACUUUGACCAACUUAACCUGUCCAUCUUCUUAAAACUAUGCCCAUUCUCAAGCAACCUGUUUGAUUUGGGUGUUCAAUUUCCCGUGUACAAAUCACAGAAGGGAGAAUCGUUGUCACUUACGCACACACAGACAGACUUCAUCUACAUUAAGGUCACAUCCAGGAGUGGCGUGUCCCGUUUCUCCACUGGAGAUGAACAGGAAGUGCUGCUUUGCCCUGCUUUCAUGGCUCCUGCCAUCACUGACCUACUCCCGCAGCUGCCACGCAACCUGCCCCAUCUACCACUGGUGAAGUGCUGCCACCAUCAAUGCCAAUUUUGGGCACGUCAAUUUUGGUGAAAUCUCACCCAAAAUGACUGUGACAUUGUCCCAAAUCAGCACUGAUGGGGCGGCACUUCUCCACUGGUGGUGGGGCAGGCAGAAGCUCAUGCCUCAUGGCUGCCCAGCUCUGGUCCCAUCCACACCAUCUGCUUGGCUUUGUCCGAAGAAUCCUGGGAACUGUAGUUUUUUGAGGUUGCUGGAAAUUGUAGCUCUGUGGAGGGUAAACCACAGUUACCAGGAUUCAUUGGAGAAAGCUCUGUGCUUUAAAUAUGUUCUAAAUGUAUGAUGUUGAUGCGACCUAGGUUUCAAAAGCUUAUUUGCCUACUUUUCUUAAGUUGGCUAGUUUUUUUAGUCCUUUCCCUUAUUGGCUAAUGUUCUGUCUGCUCAUUUCAUUUGGGUAAGAUUUUGAAACAACUGAGAGAAUUUAGGUACCGUAUUUACUCGAGUCUAAUGCACCACCUGCUAGACAGAGUGCCUGAAGAACUAUGGAUGGAGGCUCGCAACAUUAUACAGGAGGCAGCAACGAAAACCAUCCCAAUGAAAAGGAAAUGCAAGAAAGCAAAGUGGGUGUCCAAUGAGGCCUUACAAAUAGCGGGGGAGAGAAGGCAAGCAAAAUGCGAGGGAGAUAGAGAAAGAUACAGGAAAUUGAAUGCAGAUUUCCAAAAAAUAGCAAGGAGAGAUAAGAAGGCCUCCUUAAACAAGCAAUGCAAAGAAAUAGAGGAAAACAACAGAAUGGGAAGAACCAGAGAUCUGUUCAAGAAAAUUGGAGAUAUGAAAGGAACAUUUCGUUCAAAGAUUGCCAUAAUAAAGGACAAAAGUGGUAAGGACCUAACAGAAGCAGAAGACAUCAAGAAGAGGUGGCAAGAAUACACAGAGGAAUUAUACCAGAAAGAUAUGGAUGUCUCAUACACCCCAGGUAGUGGGGUUGCUGACCUUGAGCCAGACAUCCUGGAGAGUGAAGUCAAAUGGGCCUUAGAAAGCACUUCAAAUAACAAGGCCAGUGGAAGUGAUGGUGUUCCAGCUGAACUAUUUAAAAUUUUAAAAGAUGAUGCUGUUAAGGUGCUACACUCAAUAUGCCAGCAAAUUUGGAAAACUCAGCAGUGGCCAGAGGAUUGGAGAAGAUCAGUCUACAUCCCAAUCCCAAAGAAGGGCAGUGCUAAAGAAUGCUCCAACUACCGCACAAUUGCACUCAUUUCACACGCUAGCAAGGUUAUGCUUAAAAUUCUACAAGGAAGGCUCAAGCAGUAUGUGGACCGAGAACUCCCAGAAGUGCAAGCUGGAUUUCGAAGGGGCAGAGGAACCAGAGACCAAAUUGCAAACAUGCACUAGAUUAUGGAGAAAGCUAGAGAGUUCCAGAAAUACAUCUACUUCUGCUUCAUUGACUAUGCAAAAGCCUUUGACUGUGUCGACCACAGCAAACUAUGGCAAGUUCUUAAAGAAAUGGGAGUGCCUGAUCACCUCAUCUGUCUCCUGAUAAAUCUCUAUGUGGGACAAGAAGCUACAGUUAGCACUGAAUAUGGAACAACUGAUUGGUUCAAAAUUGGGAAAGGAGUACGACAAGACUGUAUAUUGUCUCCCUGGUUAUUUAACUUAUAUGCAGAAUUCAUCAUGCAAAAGGCUGGGCUGGAUGAAUCCCUAGCCGGAAUUAAGAUCGCCGGAAGAAAUAUCAACAACCUCAGAUAUGCAGAUGACACAACCUUGAUGGCAGAAAGUGAGGAGGAAUUAAAGAACCUUUUAUUGAGGGUGAAAGAGGAGAGCAUAAAAUAUGGUCUGAAGCUCAACAUAAAAAAACCGAAGAUCAUGGCCACUGGUCCCAUCACCUCCUGGCAAAUAGAAGGAGAAGAAAUGGAGGCAGUGAGAGAUUUUACUUUCUUGGGCUCCAUGAUCACUGCAGAUGGUGACAGCAGCCACGAAAUUAAGAGACGCCUGCUUCUUGGGAGGAAAGCAAUGACCAACCUAGACAGCAUCUUAAAAAGUAGAGACAUCACCUUGCCAACAAAGGUCCGUAUACUAAAAGCUAUGGUUUUCCCAGUAGUGAUGUAUGGAAGUGAGAGCUGGACCAUAAAGAAGGCUGAUCGCCGAAGAAUUGAUGCUUUUGAAUUAUGGUGCUGGAGGAGACUCUUGAGAGUCCCAUGGACUGCAAGAAGAUCAAACCUAUCCAUUCUGAAGGAAAUCAGCCCUGAGUGCUCACUGGAAGGACAGAUCCUGAAGCUGAGGCUCCAAGACUUUGGCCACCUCAUGAGAAGAGAAGACUCCCUGGAAAAGACCCUGAUGUUGGGAAAGAUGGAGGGCCCAAGGAGAAGGGGACGACAGAGGACGAGAUGGUUGGAUAGUGUCUUUGAAGCUACAAACAUGAGUCUGACCAAACUGCGGGAGACAGUGGAAGACAGAAGUGCCUGGUGUGCUCUGGUCCGUGGGGUCACGAAGAGUCGGACACGACUAAACGACUAAACAACAACAACAAACAAUGCACCACCAAAUUUAAUGCACAUCUCAAUUUUCAGAACCUUGAAACCAAAAAAAUUGUUUGCUGAUAAAUGUGCCAUUGAAUCUAAUGCACACCUUUAUUUUUGCAACGUGAUUUGGCCAAAAAAGGUGCACAUUAGAUUUGAGUAAAUACGGUAAUUCAAACAGCAAUCUCUUGGCAGAUCCAAAACUGGAACUGGUUUUGGUGAUGAUGUCAGCUGUCUGCUUUUGCUUGCAUCUUUGUACUGGUGUUACAUUUGCUUGGGAGCUCUGGAAACCAGCCCAUUGUGCCCUGUCAUCCCCCUCCCCCAAGAAAAAAACCCACUGGAAAUGGCUGAAAUCAAAACGACUCCUGAAACCAAGUGGAGUUUGGGGCCCUCCCCAGAUACAACCUCAUGCCAGACAGUGAGGAAAGGCUUUUUGUCUAAGGAAACUGGUAUUUUGUUAGUUUUUAUGCUUUUUUUGCCAGCUCUAAAGUGUUUGUCUUCCUUCUUUAUUUCAUUCAAAUAUACAUUCUGAUUUCCUUCAUAAUAUAGUUAAUAUUUUUGCAUUUUCCUUAAAAUUUAGUGUCUCACAUCUUUCAUACUUCUACUCAUGCUUGUUCUGGAUAACAUGCACCCGAUAAUUUUGUGUGUAUGUAUGUAUGUAUGUAUGCAUGCAUGUAUGCAUGCAUGUAAAAAAAAACAUUUUAAAAUUAAAAGCAGCACCAGGAGGCUGUAAUUUUGAGGAAAGUAGCAGCAGGGGACGAGGGAAAGCUGCUUUAUUUACUUUUUUCUGCUCAGAACGGCCCCUCCCAAGCUGCUUCCCCCUGCCGUGUGUUCUAGAUGCAUGUUUGCAGGAUAAACAUGUUCAGAACUGGAAAAGUCACCAUAGGAGGAUUUGGAGCCAGUUGAGAAAGGAUUAAGCGCCUUUCUUCCCCUGCUGUCCUUUCACUCAAAAUUGCAGGUUCCUGAAGCUCUUCUUUUUUUUCAAAACUGAUGAGGUUUCGUUAUGCACAUUUGCAUGCAGCAUCCAGCUUCCCAUAUGAAUUUCUAAAAAAAAAAGAAACAAGAAUAUGUAACGCAUGCUCCUCUGAAAAUAAUUGUUGCUUGACCUUGGAUCUUCUGCUGCUAAUCUGCAAUGCCUUGGAGCACCCUGCUGCUACCCAGAGAAUACCCAGGAGCGCUUUCCAGGGUUGAGCCCUGGCAGCAAAUACAAGUUCCAGGGUAAUGCCCUAGUGAAUCAUCACACAAACAAAGCCCUGCUUAGACCAAAUUAAAUAAACAGUUUGUUACCAUAUGAAAUAUUUAUGCUUCCACAGUUGCAAUGUUCUCAGCAUUUUUCUUCACCCUUCAUUUGUUCCUCACCAGGACUGAAAGAAAAUGGCCCCCAUUCCACGUGCCAUUUGCAGGUUUUUGUGAAUUGGUGCUAGCAAUGGCAGUCUUCUUUUUGGUUUUUUAAGACCUUUUUUGGUGCCCUUGCUCAUAGGCAUUGGAGCUUCUCUUGGCGGCUGCCACCUGUUGGCUUCUGUUUUUGUUUCAUAAUGUCCUGGAAUAACGCUGCGUCUGAGACAUUGCAGGGAACAAAAAUGGCACCUGCCAGCUGGUAGUGAUCAAGGGAAGCUCCUCUGCUGACAAAUGUGGUGUGGACACACUUUUUUUUAUAAAAGGGUUAAAAGUGGGGAGAAAGACAAGCACCAUCACUGCUGCCAAUGGGAAGUUCCCUCAGAUGUUUCAAAUAAUUUUGCUUCCCCUGAAAUUUGUCCCCAGGUUUGUUCCCCCCUUCAAUUUGAAGAUGAAAGCUCUUAGUUGAACAUUUGGGCUUUGCUUAUUUUUUCCUUUUUUUUUCUUUUUUUUUAGCCACUUCUGUCCCUGGAGAAUUUUUUGGUAACCAGUUUUGCAGAGGUUGGGGAAGUCAGAGUUACAGUUCAGGCUUCCUGUGGGAACUCCAUGCUUCAGGAUUCCAAGAUUGUCCGGGUUUUGGGUGAGACACUUUCCUUUCAAAUAUAUAUUUUAAACUAUGCAAAUUCUUUCACCUCCAUCCUAUUGUAGCUAAGACAGCUUGGGUUAAAGCUUGGGCUUUUCUGAAUAUUUACAAGUCUGUGGGUGCUUCAGCUGUGAACAUGACAAAUCCUGGCACGCAAUCAGCUUUGGGGAAUUAAUUCUACUCUUCCAGUGAUUGUCAUGGUUUUGUUACUCAUGUGUGUUCAUGCACUAUGUAGUUCUGCCCUUAGUUGCUUGUUUUCUGUUGUGAAAAUUUUCAGAUAAAGACUGUGGUUAUAGAAUAUUUCUUUUGCAUAAUAGCUUUGUGCAGAGAAACUUUUGUGCAAAUCCAGAAUUGUUUUUUUUAUGUAUACAAAAUUUGUUUUUAAGUUCUCUCUCCCUGUUUCCAGAUAAUUUUCAAGUACUUCCUCUAAGGUUUUCUGAACACCUGGACUUAUACAACCCAAACAUACCUGCCUGGCGGGAAGAUGUUGGCCGUGUCGUAACACAACAGAUUGCAAAGGUGCUCUGAUGGUUUGCAAAUUUAGCAGAGAGGGAACAGAGGGAAUGUGGAGCCUUUGGAGAAGCUUGUAUAUAGAGUUAGUGCAGCAGGAUGACAUAACUGGGUUUUGGUUUUACUUCUUGUUCCCUUUGUGUCUUUAAAUGAAGUAGAGACAUUUUUCAGGGAGAAUGUGGUUUUACGUUAUUUAUUUAUCAAGUUAUCAAGGUUUUAACAGUGAUUGUAAAUAAAUGGUCUUGAAUUGCUUGUAUUUACUCAAAUCUAAUGCUCACCAUUUUUGGCCAAAUUGUGGUACAAAAAUUAAGGUACGCUUUUGAUUCAAUGGCACAUUUACAAUCAUCAGCAAAUACUUUUUUUGGUUUCAAGGUUCUGAAAUUUGAGGUGUGCAUUAGAUUUGAAAUUAUGGCAUAUGAUUUAGGGCUCAAGCAACAAAGUGCAAACAAUGCUUUGAUAUACUGUACAUCAGCGAGGAUCCAUAACAAGCACAAAUUGACUUCUCUUGAGAGGAAUAUGAUUAACUCAUUAUUCGGGAGUAAUUUUCUUAAAAUACUUGUCACUGGCUUGAGAGGAAUGCCUAUCGUAAAAAGAAUAGUGGAAUACUUAGGAUACAAAAAUGAUUUUGAUCUGUUAUGUUUCAUCUCCUAUCAGUAUUUCACUAAAUUGUUUUGCUCAAUUUCAGACACAUUACCUACAUCACUAUAAUUUUCAAUAUCACCUCCUCACAAGAAAAUGUUUCACAUUCAGAUUGUUUUUUUAUUUAUUGUCCAACGAUGGAAGGAACCUCUAAUAAACCAAUAGAGGCUUGGGGUAAUAACAUCUGGAGCAUUGCGCUAUCAAAACGCCUCACAUACCAUCAGCGAUUAAUCAAAGGUUUCUACAAAAAAGAUACAUUUGACACGAUCUGGUCUCCCUUUUUCUCUUUUAUUGAAGAAGAACAGGAUAUUUUAAUGUCAUCAUCAUCCUAGAGGGGAUAUAUCGAUUAAAAAUGUCUAGCCAGAUUGUUGGUUGGGUUCAAGCCAACAUGACAGUGAUGUGGGAUUGAGGAUUAGAAUGAUCAUUUUGUGAUACUAUGGCAAUGGACAAAGCUGUAUUGUAACUUUUGAAUAAAUGUUUUAAUGUUUUUUUAAAAAAGAAUAUAUACAUAUUCCACCACCUCCCGCCUCCGGUUUUGAUGUAACUAUGCAAUGGGGUUUUGUUGGUUGUUCAGUUGGAAGUUGCCUUGAGCAAGAUAAAAUGACUAACUAACUAAAUAAAUAGAUCUCCCACCUUGCCCUGCAAGGUGCACACAGACACACAUAUUGCUUACCAUGUUAGAAGAUGGAACUGCAAUCUUUUGCAUACUUAGCUAGGAAAGAGACUCACUGAACACAAUGGGACUUAACAUAGUGUAAAUGCAGAAGAUCAGACCAUAGCUGUCAACUUUUCCCUUUUCUUGCGAGGAAUCCUAUUCAGAAUAAGGGAAUUUCCCUUUUAAAAAGGGGGAAAUUGACAGCUAUGGAUCAGACUGCAUAACCAUCUGUUAAAAUUGGGGAGGAAAAAAGGGAAUCUUUGCCACCUUGAGUCCCAUCAGGGGAAAAGGUGGGGUAUAAAUAAUUAGAUGGUGAUGAUGCAGCACACAGCACUGAAUCUGCCAUUAGUGCAAGCGAUAAGGCACUGGUGAAACUACAAGACACUUGAACUUAGUAAGUAUUUUCCACUUUUUAAAACAAAUUGCCUAAAUCUUCCUAUUAUUAUUCUUUAUUCUUUAUUACAUCCAUCCAUUUGUUUGUUUGUUUGUUUGUUCUUCUCCAGUAGUUAUUCCAAACCUUGACUAAUUCAUCUGAGGCAAGAAACAAAUCAAAUCAAAUCACUUUAAAGGAGCUAUAGUAGAGCAGUUUAUUACAAAGGUAGCCAUGCAGUCCAAGUCCAUUUCUGAAUGGUUUAUCUCCCCUCAGGAAACAGGCGUACCUGAAGAAGGUCUUGUUACAGUAGUAAAACCUGGACUGCCCACAACUGCAGAUUUACAUGUGCUUCUAUCCAUGAACCACACCAAAAGCAAAAUAAGUAUGUCUAGCAAUAAGGUAAGAAGACAGAUGAAUAUUAAUUUAGAGCACAAUACACAUUGACUGUCUCACUCCUUAUUAAACUUAAGAGUACCGUGUAAUUUUGCAACAUGUCUAGCAAAGCAGAAAUUACGACUACAUCAUUACGACUGCAUCUGUUCUAUGUGCCUGGAGCCCCCAGGACACAGGUCAUGUAUGCACACUACUAAUAUCUAGGGAUGUGCAGCACUGGUAUAGGAAGCAACCGUCCAAUUAGGCUGCAAUUGUAAGGUAUGAAUUGGCCCUAGAUUCACAUUCCAAUUUUCUUAUUUCUCCUCCUCCUCCUUGGAAAAGAGUGCAAGGCAUUAGCCUUGGAGAGCGCAUCAUGUUACAUGGAAAAAAAAACCUGUGCCCCCAAUACUGUACAUGCUGAAUUGAGACAGAUAUCAUCCUGACAAACACUGCUCAGUCUUGUCUUAUCAUUUCUUUUUUAAUAUGGGCAGUUACUGGAUGCAUAAUCAUGCCUCAGUGCUCUUGCAGCUGAAGCAUGAAGUGAAAAGUCCUUGUGACUACCACUGAACAAAAUCAAUAUUUCAGAAGUCACAGGGCCCCUAUAGUAUUAAAAUAUUCAUCUUUUGCCAUCAGCUUUAAUAGGAAUUAUUUCAGAUUCUGCAGCAUCAGGAUUCACUGCCUUCUCAUAGAUGAAUGUUUUGCCUCAAAAUUUGCUGUGGGUAACCCAAAUUUGAGUACAGUGGUACCUCGGGUUACAUACGCUUCAGGUUACAUACGCUUCAGGUUACAGACUCCGCUAACCCAGAAAUAGUGCUUCAGGUUAAGAACUUUGCUUCAGGAUGAGAACAGAAAUCGUGCAGCGGCGGCGCAGCGGCAGCAGGAGGCCCCAUUAGCUAAAGUGGUGCUUCAGGUUAAGAACAAUUUCAGGUUAAGAAUGGACCUCCAGAACGAAUAAAGUACUUAACCCGAGGUACCACUGUAUAAGAAACCCCUACUUCAUUUUGAAUUUUACUUUUCGCUGAAUUUUCAUAGCAACUCAACAGUGAAUAAUUCCACAUAAGCAAUGACUUCCUUUUGGCGGUUGUGGAAGGUAGGACCUGCCUAAUGCAGUUUUUCUUAUGUUUCCAGAGAAUAGCUGCUAUUAAGCAAUCUUUGAAUGCUCAUAACAUCAGUUUCUUCAUGAGAGGAGGACACUGGGUCUUUGUGACCUUAGUUAGCUCUGAUUCAGGUAAAAUUUGUAUCCUUUUUUGACAGUUAGUUGAUGUUCCUCUCAUGUUUAAGUUAAAAUAAUAUUGAAGCUCCAUAUUGGUUUGGAAUUCACACACACAAACACACCAGUCAGCCUAUAAUUACAAUUAAAACAAUCACUUUGAAUAAAAUUUAAAUGUUGCUCUUAAAUGGAAGAAAAUCCUAUUGAAGUGAAGAUUCCCUGCGUCCAGAAAUGAGGUUAGGCCUGGGGAGUUAGAUCUUUUCCACACCAUACAUAAAGCAUAUGGCCUCCCCCAAAGAAUCCUGGGACUUUGAGGAAGGGUGCUGGGAAUUGCAGUUAAGUCAGUGGCUAUACCGUUCCCAGGACCUUAGUCCCAUUGACUUUACUGCAUUGUGGACAAGAUGAGUGGAUACAGUUUAGGGUCACUUUUUAAAAAAGUAUCUGCACUAAUGCUAAAUACAGAGGAUGGUUGAUUGUUCUCAGGAUUGAAUUUAACACUGUGUGCCUUUGGUUUCAGAUUCUCAGAGUAUUGGAGGAGGAGGGUACUGGGCGAUAAUGGCCCUUUUUGUCAUCUCUCUGGUGGCUGUAGGUGCUAUCAUCCUCUACAAGUUUAAAAGGCAAGUGAUUUUACAUCUGGCAUCAUAUGCAGAAUAUGUUUAUAAAGCAGAAGUUGUCUGGAAAUCAUAGGAAAAGCUUUUCUUUUCUUUAAAAAAAAAAUCUUCACCUUUUUUUCAACAUCUUUUCCCUAACCCUAUUAUUAUAAACUUCUCAUGGUAUGUUAAUAGCUUCCAAAACAUAUAUAAAACAGAUAUAAUAACAAUAAUUCCCCUUUUUAGGAAACAAAAUAUUAUUCACAGUAGGGACAGAUUUUUUAAAAAUUAAACUGAAAGUAACUUUGCCUGUACAAAACGUUGUGAGUAAAGGCUGUGGGAAAAUGAUUUUUCCAGGAUGUGUAGCAGCUUCAGAACCCCUGUGCCUGCAGGGCAGAAAAGUGCCAGUGGCUUUGCGUUCUGUUCCUGCCCCCACCCACCCAGGCUGUGCUCGGCUCCUGCCCCACAUCCCAGGGGGAAGAAUUUCGGUCCAGAAAUUAAAAAGUAAAAAAUACCCCCUUGCCUGAUCAAGUAUUUGGGGGUGAGUCCUGAAUAACACUGUAUGACUAGACUUUACUCUAUGAACUUCAAAAUGGUUUGCAGUGGUUGAUGUGACUGUUAUUCCCUCUGCUGCAACAAGAGAAAAGUAAGAGUAUCUGGUGAGUUGGUGUCAGCCCUCUCUACCAAAACUCAGCAGAGCGGAACCUGGUGCUUCCAUGCAUCUUUCAGGGGUUGCCUGGUGCUCAGCUUCCUAAGAGCAGCAUUGUAGAGUUAGGACAGUAGCAUUCAUUUCACUUUAAUUACAGUCACAAGCUGUACCAAUCUCAGUUACUAAAGAUCUGUUGUUCAUAAUAAUGAGUAAGCAGGAAACGAGCAAUCUGUUCAGUUCCUUUAAGUGAGCAAUGAGCAAUCAAAACACUGGAAAUACAAAUGAGAAGAGUACUUUGGGGCUAAACAAAUCAUUUUAUUAGUCAGCUUAUGUCACAAACACUAGGUUAGAUCUGGGGAUACUUGAAGAAUUCAAUUUCAGAUGCAAAACAACCUGAUCUACACUUCCCAAAUGGAAGGAGGAACAUAACUAUCCUUCAAAAGUAGUUCUCAACUCAAAUAAAAUACACAAAAAUGUGUUAAACUUUUAAAAAUAACAUAUAUUUAUAAAUGUGCACAUUGAGAUAGUAAUGAACAAUCACAAAUAAAUGCAGAAAUGGAAUGGACCUAUCAAUGAAGACCUGAAAAAUUGACACAGAAUGGAAACAGAUUGAUCUGUCCAGCCCUAGUUGGAUACAAGAGUUCUCUGGAACUGAGGGUUGGGACAUUGAACUCUACAGACGUCAAACUUCCCGUUCUUUGGCCACACUGACACAUAACAAUCAACCGUUGUUUCUGGUUUGUUGUGCACAAUCAACACGCAGGUGCAACCUGAUGCUUUGCUUCUCCCCUGAUGCAAAUAGAGAAACAAACAUGGGGAAAACGAAGCAUGACUAUGGGUUCAGAUGUAACAGGAAGCCAAGCUUAAUUGACAAUUCCUGGUUUGUAUCUCUGCUUGCCUCAGGGAAGAAGCAGAACAUCAAGUCGUACCUGCAUGUUGAUUGUGCACAACAAAGUCAUAUAGAACUGUGUCAGAUGACCCAGAAUGCCAGUGGUGUGCCCCAUGGGCAGACUUCCCACAGGCAUCUUGUUGGCCACUGUGAGAACAAGAUCCUGAACCAUGGCCCUGACCCAGCAGGCCUCUUUUUAUGUUCUUAACCAGGGAUUUGCCUCAAUGCACCUUUUAAACAUUCCUUUUGGAGGUAAAGAUUUAGGCCAGGGGUCAGCAACAUUUUUUGAGGCUGGGGCGGUCCACUCCCUGACAGACCUCUCGAUGGGCCGGAGCAUGUGCACCCAUGCGGGUGCUCAAGCUAUUUCCGGCGCUCUUCUGAGAUGGAGGAGCACCCGUGCGCAUGCGCACAUGCUAUUUCCGGCGCUCUUCUGACCCGGAAGUCAGUUCCCAUGGCGAGAAAAAAAAUGGUGCCCCCCCCAAAGCACGGAAUCUGCACGCCGAUCCACGGAAUGGCCUUGGGCCAGUUCCAGGAAGCUCAUGGGCCAGAAAAAGUCCAUGGGUCUUAGGUUGCCAACAUCUGAUUUAGGUCCUAGUAUGGCUAUAGUAGCAUGCAAAAACAGGUGGUUCUAGGUUGGCAAGUACAUUCCCAUCAGCAUGAAUAGGUGCUUCUAGCCAAUUCAAUUGAGUCUUAAUGAGCUGGUAUUAUCCACACCCAUUUGUGGAUCAGGGCAGCACUGUACAACAUUGCAUUACAAUCCUGUCUUGUACUCUUAAGGAAAUUACCAGGCAGAAAUGUCUAUGCACAGAUGCAAAAUGAAAAAGAACAAGAGAUGACCAACCCUGUAAACCGUAGAGAGGACACCCAAAAUAUCAUCCAGGGGGAGGAGUUUAUUGAUGAUGAUCUUGAUUGUCAAACACUAGGAAAUGCAAGAGGUAAGUACACCUUCUCUUUCUUUACUGGCAAAUUUCUGCUCGGCUCCCAAAAGGGUUCUCAUAAUCAAUAAUACCAACUGCUAUAUUAUUGCAGCAUCCAAAAAAAUAUGUUGUACACAUGUCAGUCCAUGGGAACAAAUAUUUAUUUAGGACCCAAGUGCUGAAUGAAUAAAAUAAGGAAAAUUAUAAUGGCAGUGGUGGUAGGGGUAAAUCACCACUAACUGUAUGCUUGACAAGCACUAUAUGGCAGUGACUCACUUUUUCUUUUUUAAUUACAUUGAUUAUGGAAGCAGUUGUUUGAGUCAGUUCCAUAACCGUUUGGAAAUGCAUUUCCAAUGUACCAGCAGCCUGAGUGGCAUUCUUCAUUAUAUUGUGGUCAUUGUAGACCACAGCAGCUGUAUUAUUCAUAUCUGAAUUCUGAUUUACCAAAGGUCACAUCCACACCAUACUUCCUUCAGAGAAUCCUCUGGACUGCAGUUUGUUAAAGGUGCUGGGAAUUGUAACUGUGUGAGGGGUAAAUUGCAGUUUCCAGGAUUCUUUGGGGAAAGCCAUGACUGUUAAAGUGCUAUACAGUGGAAUCUCAGGUUGCGGAUGUAAUCCGUGAUGGAGGCACGUCUGCAAGCCGCAGUGUUCGCAUCCUGAAGCGCCGCGUCUGCUCCAACACGAUUCAGCGCUUCUGCGCACGCACAAAGCGCGAUCUAGCGCUUAUGCGCAUGUGCGAGUGGCGAAACCUGGAAAUAACCCGUUCCAGUACUUUCGGGUUUCCUGCAGUCCGUAACCCAAAAACACGUAACCUGAAGUGUCCAUAACAUGAUGUAUGACUGUAAAUGUGCUUUAAAGGCAAGGUGUGGAUGUGGCAUUAAACAUACAUUCUGGAUUCUUCAAUCUAUAUAUUUUAUUAAUUAAUGGAAACAUUGAUUUAAAAAAGUAUAUGCUGAAGUAAUCUAACAUUUAAUACUUUAUAAAAUAUGUCAAUUAGGUUGACACUUAUUAGUUCUUGUAAAAAGUGACUACAGCUAAAUCUGUUAGCUUGACUGGGGUUACUUCCUAUUCUAGUUACUCACUGCUGAGGGAGAGGUGAAUCUGAAGGCCUAAGGACUAGAAAGUGAGCAUCGUGGCGCCAAUUUCAAAAAGGGGAUUGGGACUACAGGGAGUGGCAAGAGAGGCUGGAAAUCACAGGCCAAUUAGCUUAAUGUUUGUCCUGGUAGAAACACUAGUUGAAGAUAAAACAAGCAAUCAUAUAGAACAAGCCCCACUGAAGCAAAACCAGCAUGGCUUCCGCAAGGAUACAUCCCAUCUCACUCCUUUUUAGAGUGUCAAGUACCAUAUAGGUAGCAGUCAUGGAAUAGCCAUAUAGGUAAGCAGAGCUUAGCAGUCAUAGAAUAAGAGGCAGGCUCCUCUUUUGUAUCAGGUAUUGUUUAAGUAAGAAUAGAUGGACAGAUCUAUCAACAGAAGGAUCAUAGAAUCAUAGAGUUGGAAGAGACCACAAGGGCCAUCGAGUCCAACCCCCUGCCAAGCAGGAAACACCAUCAGAGCACUCCUGACAUAUGGUUGUCAAGCCUCUGCUUAAAGACCUCCAAAGAAGGAGACUCCACCACACUCCUUGGCAGCAAAUUCCAUUGUCGAACAGCUCUUACUGUCAGGAAGUUCUUCCGAAUGUUUAGGUGGAAUCUUCUUUCUUGUAGUUUGGAUCCAUUGCUCCGUGUCCGCUUCUCUGGAGCAGCAGAAAACAACCUUUCUCCCUCCUCUAUAUGACAUCCUUUUAUAUAUUUGAACAUGGCUAUCAUAUCACCCCUUAACCUCCUCUUCUCCAGGCUAAACAUGCCCAGCUCCCUUAGCUGUCCCUCAUAAGGCAUCGUUUCCAGGCCUUUGACCAUUUUGGUUGCCCUCCUCUGGACCCGUUCCAGUUUGUCAGUGUCCUUCUUGAACUGUGGUGCCCAGAACUGGACACAGUACUCCAGGUGAGGUCUGACCAGAGCAGAAUACAGUGGCACUAUUACUUCCAUUGAUCUAGAUGCUAUACUCCUAUUGAUGCAGCCCAGAAUUGCAUUUUUUAAAAAAUGAUAUUUAUUAGAGGUUUAAUAGUUACAGAAAAAAGAAGAAAGAAACAAUAAAAAGUUAAACAAAACAAAACAAUACCUUACAAUACAUCAGAAAUAAAAAGAAAAACAAAAAACAAUACAGCAAAACAACAAGAAAAACAAAAACAUUUAAAAACACAUCCAAUAUUUCCAUAUCUUUACCUUUCAUUUACUUGUUUCAUCGACCUCCUCACACCUCCCUUUUUUGUAUUCUAGUUCAAUUAGCUAUUUCAGCAAAUCCUUUCCAUCUUUCUCAAUUUUUGUUCUAUAAUUUAUCUUAACACAAUCUAACCUUAAAUUUUCCACUUUGGCCCAUUAACAAUCUGUUUUUGCUUAAUUCUUUAUAACAUUUCUGCUGAAGCCAUAUAACUUCAUUCCAACAUUUUUCUAACAUUCCUUAAUUUUACAAUAUUUCUAUAAAUAGUCUUUAAACUUUUUCCAAUCUUCUUCCACCGACUCUUCUCCCUGGUCUCGGAUUCUGCCAGUCAUUUCCGCCAAUUCCAUGUAGUCCAUCAGCUUCAUCUGCCAUUCUUCCCGGGUGGGUAGAUCUUGUGUCUUCCAAUGCUUUGCGAUAAGUAUUCUUGCUGCUGUUGUGGCAUACAUAAAGAAAGUUCUAUCCUUCUUUGGCACCAAUUGGCCGACCAUGCCCAGGAGAAAGGCCUCUGGUUUCUUCAGGAAGGUAUAUUUAAAUACCUUUUUCAUUUCAUUAUAAAUCAUCUCCCAGAAAUUCUUAAUCCUUGGACAUGUCCACCAAAGGUGAAAGAAUGUACCUUCAGUCUCAUUACAUUUCCAGCAUUUAUUAUCGGGCAAAUGGUAGAUUUUUGCAAGCUUGACUGGUGUUAUGUACCACCUGUAAAUCAUUUUCAUUAAAUUCCCUUUUAAGGCAUUACAUGCCGUAAACUUCAUACCUGUGGUCCAUAACUGUUCCCAGUCAGCCAUCAUAAUGUUAUGUCCAACAUCUUAUGCCCAUUUAAUCAUAGCCGAUUUCACCAUUUCAUCCUGAGUAUUCCAUUUCAACAGCAAGUUAUACAUUCUUGACAGAUUCUUAACUUUGGGGUCUAACAAUUCUGUUUCCAAUUUUGAUUUUUCCACAUGGAAGCCUGGUUUUUUGUCCAAAUUAUAUGCCUCCAUUAUUUGAUAAUAAUGGAGCCAAUCUCGCACUCUGUUUUUUAAUUUUUCAAAACUCUGCAGUUUUAAUCUGUCUCCCUCUUGUUCCAGAAUUUCCCAAUUAUUCGGCCAUUUGGCCUCCAUAUUGAGUUUUUUCUGAGCCUUUGCUUCCAUUGGUGACAGCCAUCUUGGGGUUUUAUUUUCUAGCAAGUCCUUGUAUCUUAUCCAGACAUUAAACAGUGCUUUUCUGACAAUAUGGUUUUUAAACGCUUUAUGUGCUUUAACCUUAUCAUACCACAGAUAUGCAUGCCAACCAAAUACAUUAUUGAAACCUUCCAAAUCCAACACAUCAGUGUUUUCAAGAAGCAUCCAUUCUCUCAGCCAACAAAAGGCGGCUGAUUCAUAAUAAAGUUUAAGGUCUGGCAGGGCAAAUCCACCUCUUUCUUUAGCAUCUGUUAAUAUCUUAAAUUUUAUUCGAGGCUUCUUGCCCUGCCAGACAAAUCUAGAGAUGUCUCUCUGCCACUUCUUGAAACAGUCCAUUUUGUCCAGAAUUUGCAAUGUUUGAAACAGAAACAACAUCCUUGGCAAUACGUUCAUUUUUAUCACAGCAGUUUGGCCUAGCAGUGAUAACUUCAAGCUUGACCAUAUUUCUAAGUCCUUUUUCACUUCAGUCCAACAUUUUUCAUAGUUAUCCUUAAAUAAAUUCACAUUCUUAGCAGUCAUGUUAACCCCUAAAUAUUUCAUUUUCUUAACCAGUGUUAAUCCUGUCUCCUUCUGAAACUUAUCUCUCUCAAUCAAAGUUAGAUUUUUCUCUAAAACCUUAGUUUUCAUCUUGUUCAACUUAAAGCCUGCUACGUGACCAAAUUCUUGAAUCAAUUCCAAUACUCUUUUAGUACUAGAUUCUGGCUCCUGUAAAGUCAAUACCAAAUCAUCAGCAAAUGCUUUCAGUUUGUACUGUUUAGCUCCCACUUGUAUACCUUUAACCAAUUGGUCCCUUCUAAUCAUAUUUAGCAAGACCUCCAGGACCGAUAUAAAAAGCAAUGGAGAGAUUGGGCAACCUUGUCGUAUUCCUUUCUCAAUCUUAAAUUCUUCCGUCACUACGUUAUUCACAAUUAAUUUAGCCUUCUGUUCUGAAUAAAUUGCACCUAUACCAUUUCCAAAACCUUGACCAACCCCCAUCCCCUGUAAAUUCUUCUUCAUAAAACUCCAAGAAAUAUUGUCAAAGGCUUUCUCCGCGUCCACAAAUAUCAGAACUGCUUUAGUAUUAAUCUUCACUUGUAGUUUUUCUAAGAUAUUAAUUAUGUUCCUCGUAAUGUCAGACAAGUGUCUGCCCGGGAGAAAGCCCACUUGAUCUUUAUGAAUUUCUUCUGCUAACACCUUUUUUAAUCUUUUAGCCAAAAUAUCUGCAAAAAUUUUAUAAUCCACAUUAAGCAGUGAUACGGGGUGGUAGUUCUUGAGCUGUGUCUUUUCGGUCUCUGUUUUCGGUAUAAGUGUAAUAUAAGCUUCCUUCCACGACUCUGGUGCCCUUUUCCCUUCCAGUAUUUCAUUACAGACUUCCUUUAAAGCUUGUAUUAACCAUUCUUUCAGAGAUCUGUAGUAUCUUGAAGUCAAUCCAUCCGAUCCUGGGGAUUUACCUAAUUGCAUGUUCUGAAUGGCCCCUUCUACUUCCUGCUCCGUUAUUUUGUAAUUCAGCAUUAACUUAUUUUCCUGAGAGAUUUUUUGUAGUCCAUUAGUUUUCAAGAAUCUAUCAAUGUCCAUUUCUUUCUGCGUCUCCUGUGUAUAUAGUUGUUUAAAAUACCUCUGGAAGCACUUUCUAAUUUCCACUGGAUUCUGUAUAUUCUUUCCUUCCACUUCCAAAUUUGUAAUGGUAUUAAGUUUUUGUCUUUUUUUCAUUUGCCAAGCCAACAGUUUUCCGCAUUUAUUUGCCGAUUCAAAUGUCUUUUGUCUCAUCUGUUUAAUCUUCCAUUCUAUUUCCUGAUUCGUCAUUUUCAUAUAUUGUACUUGAUAUAACUUUAUCUCUUUCAAAAUCUCCUGCGACUUUGGUUUCACCCUCAGUUUCUUCUCUCCUUCCUUUAUUUUUCCCAGGAUUUUAUCUUUUUUCUCAUUUUGAAUUCUCUUCUUAAUUGCAUUCUGUUGUAUCAGAAAUCCUCUCAUAACCGCUUUGCUUGCGUCCCAGAUUACUCUUUUUUCCACAGUAGUGUUCAUAUUUAUCUCAAAAUAGUCUCUCAAAGUUUUUUGGGCCUUCUUAGUCACUUCUUCAUUCCUAAACAAAGUAUCAUUCAUCCUCCAUCUAAAGGAACCAAUUGGCGUCAGUUUCAUUUCCAUCUUCCAAGUUUUGGGGCAGAUUUCCACUUUACUAGUCUUCGGAGCCAGUCCUCUAGUUACCCAAAUUUGGUCAAUUCUUGUCCAUGUCAUUUUAGCCUCAGAGAAGAAAGUUCCCUCUCUUCCCAGGGGGUUCUUCAUUCUCCAGAUGUCAACUAAAUCCAUAUUUUCAGUCAUGUCAAAAAAAGUUUUUGGUAGUCUACCAUCCUUGGUGACUACCUGUCUCUGUGCCUUGUCCAUGUUUGUAGAGACCACUCCAUUCAUAUCUCCCAUCAGAAUCAUAUUGUAAUCCAUAUAGUCCAUCAGGAUCUCAUGUAACUUCUUGAAAAAUUCCGAUUUUCCUUCAUUUGGUGCAUAAAUACCUACUAUCAAAAAUUUCUCUCCUUGUGAUUGAAUUUCAAUUGCAACAAAUCUUCCUUGGUCAUCUUUAAAUAUAAAUUUCGGUGGUAGGCUCUCUUUUGCAUAAAGGACUACUCCUCUUUUUUUAACUUUGUCUGAUGAAAUAAAUUCUUGGCCCAAUCUUUUAUUACUCAAUAUCUUCCUAUGUAGCCUUAUCACAUGUGUUUCUUGCAGACAAAUCAAGUCCAAUUGUUCUUUUUUGAGUAAAUGAAAGACUCUCCGCCUUUUUUCCGGGGAGUUCAGACCAUUAACAUUCCAGCUUAAUACUUGCAGUGCCAUGACGUAGUUACUCUGAUUUUCCUCCAACUGCACCCAGUGCCUGCUCUUCUUCUGUUGGUAGUGUCGGUGUCACGUUCACUAGGUGGUCCAGUCCAAAAGGUAAUGUUGCUAUGUCCACUAUUCCUCUUUUUGGUGAUCUUCUGUCCAAUGCUCUUUGCUCUAAUCCUCUGUCUGGCAAUCCUCUGUCAGACCCUCAGCCCAGAAUUGCAUUGGCUUUUUUAGCUGCCGCAUCACACUGUUGGCUCAUGUCAAAUUUGUGGUCAACCAAGACUCCUAGAUCCUUUUCACAUGUAAAAAGUGGAGUCCCCCAAAGAUCAGUAUUAGGACCUAUACUUUUUAACUUAUUCUGAAAUGAUUUGGAGCUAGGGGUGAGCAGUGGGGUGGCCAUGAUUGCUAAUGAUGCAAAGUGGUUAAAACAAAAAGAGGUAGUGAAGAGCUCCAAAAAAGAUGAGUGGUGAAAUGGUGAACACAAUUCAAUGUAAACAAGUGUAAAGUGGUGCAUGUGAAGAGAAAAAACCCAAUUUCAGGAAUGAUACCUUGGGGUCAUAGUGGAUAGCUCAACAAAGAUGUUGAGCUGUGAGAAAGGCGAAUUUCCUGCUAGGGAUAAUUAGGAAAGGAAAAUAAAACUUCUGAUAUAAUGCCAUUGCACAAAUCAAUGGUUCAACCGCAUUUGUAAUACUGUGUACAGUUCUAGUUGCCUCAUCUCAAAAGGAAUAUUGCAGAGUUGAAAAAGGGAAAGAGCAACCAGAAUGAUUGAGGAACUCCUUAUGAGGAAAGGUAGCAGCAUUUGGGGUGUUCGAGUUCAGCGAGUCGGCAAGUAAGAGGCAACAUGAUAGAAGUGUAUGAAAUGAUGCCUGCCAUUGAGAAAGUGGACAGAGAGGUAUUUUCCCCCUUGCUCAUAACACUAGAACUCAGCGACAUCCAAUGAGACUCAAUGAAUUCCACAAUUUCAGGACAGAUAGAUGAAAGCUCUUCCUCAUGCAGUGCAUAGUUAAAACUCACUCCUACACGAGGCAGGGAUGGCCAGCAACUUGGAUGGCUUAAAAGAGAAUGACUGUAUAGUGGUACCUCGGGUUACAGACGCUUCAGGUUACAGACUCUGCUAACCCAGAAAUAGUGCUUCAGGUUAAGAACUUUGCUUCAGGAUAAGAACAGAAAUCGUGCUCUGGCGGCACGGCAGCAGCAGGAGGCCCCAUUAGCUAAAGUGGUGCUUCAGGUUAAGAACAGUUUCAGGUUAAGUACGGACCUCCGGAACAAAUUAAGUACUUAACCUGUGGUACCACUGUAUACAAAUUCAUGGAAGGUAAGACUAGCAAUGGCUACUAGUCACAAUGGCUUUGUUCUGCCUCCACUGCCUCUUCGAAGACAGACACAAAGAAUUCAUUCAACUUUUCUACAGUCUCCUUUUCUUCUUUUAGCACACUUUUGACCUUGUCAUUCUAGGGUCCAACCACUUCUCUAGUUAGCCUCCUGCCUCUGAUGUAUUUAAAUAGUUCAUUGUUAUUGUUUAUGUUUUUAGCAAUUUGCUCCUCAAAUUCAUUUUAAACACCUGCUAUUGUCUGCUUGCAUUUCUUUUCUUUUUUGUUCUCUUCAUUUAGACCAAACUUCCAUUUUCAAAAGGAAACCUUUUUGUCUCUAACAGCUAAUUGAAUUCUGCUUUAACCACAGAGGCUGUGGUGGUACAUUUCUUGAUCUGUGUUAUAUAUUUUAGCUGAACUUCCCAAGCACAUGGGUGUCUGCAGAAAUAAUUUCAGGGGCAGGGGCAAAGUAGAUUUGUAAAAAGAUUUUUAAUUAUAGGUUGUUGAUGAUGCUUUGCAGUCUUCAUAGAACGUAAUUCCACAAACCACUGCAUUGUGCUAAAGAGAAGCAACGAUAAAUCAUAGUGGAUUGUGCCUGUUGGAAAUUUACUGCAUUUUAUGGGAUUAUACAUAUCAGAACUAACUUCUAACAAAUUCCUUUAUUUGUCCAUUUACCAAUAACAGAGAAAAACAUACAGCUUGAGUUUGUCCAUUGAACAUCAAUACUUGGAAUUCUAAACCAAAUUAAAACCCCUAAGGCUGAAUUUCCCCUACUUUUACACAUAUUUUUUAUUCAUUGUGGUGAAUGCCAAACCCAAGGUCUGAAACCAGUCAGGUUUUUUUGUUAAUGCUUUAAAAAUUAUUAUUAAAUUUCUAUACCAAGGGACGCAGGUGGCGCUGUGGGUUAAACCACAGAGCCUAGGGCUUGCCGAUCAGAAGGUCGGUGGUUCGAAUCCCUGCAACGGGGUGAGCUCCCGUUGCUUAGUCCCUGCUCCUGCCAGCCUAGCAGUUCGAAAGCAUGUCAAGUGCAAGUAGAUAAAUAGGUGGCGGGAAGGUAAACGGCGUUUCCGUGCGCUGCUCUGGUUCGCCAGAAGCGGCUUAGUCAUGCUGGCCACAUGACCCGGAAGCUGUACGCCGGCUCCCUCGGCCAAUAAAGCGAGAUGAGCGCCGCAACCCCAGAAGUUGGUCACGACUGGACCUAAUGGUCAGGGGUCCCUUUACCUUUACCUUUAAAUUUCUAUACCACCCUUCAUCUGAGGAUCACAGGGCAGUUUAUAGUAUAAAAACACAAAAAUACAUAACAUAGUAACAAACAAACAAAUAAAUAACCGUCCCGCCCCCCAGUUUAAAAGGCCAUAGAUUGUUUAAUUACCCGGUGGCCUGGAAUAAAAGGAAUGGUUUUGCCUGGUAUCUAAAGAUAUAUAAUGAUGGUGCCAGGUGACCCUCCCUGGGGAGACCAUUCCACAAAUGGGGAGCCACCACAGAAAAGGCCCAUUCUUGUUUUGCUACCUUCGAGAUCUUUUGUGGACCUCAGAUGAGGGUUGCCGGGUCAGGGUUCGCUGAUAUGGGAAGAGGGUUGUCUGUCCUUGACACUUGAAGAGUGACUAGUGGGGUGCCACAGGGUUCUGUCUUGGGCCCGGUCUUAUUCAACAUCUUUCUCAAUGACUUGGAUGAUGGACUCAAGGGCAUCCUGAUCAAAUUUGCAGAUGACACCAAACUGGGAGGGGUGGCUACCCCAGAGGACAGAAUCACACUUCAAAACGACCUUGACAGAUUAGAGAACUGGGCCAAAACAAACAAGAUGAACUUUAACAGGAGAAAUGUAAAGUAUUGCACUUGGGCAAAAAAAUGAGAGGCACAAAUACAAGAUGGGGACACCUGGCUUGAGAGCAGUACAUGUGAAAAGGAUCUAGGAGUCUUGGUUGACCACAAACUUGACAUGAGCCAACAGUGUGACGCGGCAGCUAAAAAGCCAAUGCAAUUCUGGGCUGCAUCAAUAGGAGUAUAGCAUCUAGAUCAAGGGAAGUAAUAGUGCCACUGUAUUCUGCUCUGGUCAGACCUCACCUGGAGUACUGUGUCCAGUUCUGGGCACCACAGUUCAAGAAGGACACUGACAAACUGGAACGUGUCCAGAGGAGGGCAACCAAAAUGGUCAAAGGCCUGGAAACGAUGCCUUAUGAGGAACGGCUAAGGGAGCUGGGCAUGUUUAGCCUGGAGAAGAGGAGGCUAAGGGGUGAUAUGAUAGCCAUGUUCCAAUAUAUAAAAGGAUGUCACAUAGAGGAGGGAGAAAGGUUGUUUUCUGCUGCUCCAGAGAAGCGGACACGGAGCAAUGGAUGCAAACUACAAGAAAGAAGAUUCCACCUAAACAUUAGGAAGAACUUCCUGACAGUAAGAGCUGUUCGACAGUGGAAUUUGCUGCCAAGGAGUGUGGUGGAGUCUCCUUCUUUGGAGGUCUUUAAGCAGAGGCUUGACAACCAUAUGUCAGGAGUGCUCUGAUGGUGUUUCCUGCUUGGCAGGGGGUUGGACUCGAUGGCCCUUGUGGUCUAUUCCAACUCUAUGAGUCUAUGAUUCUAUUCUAUGAUUCUAUGACUAAAUAAAAUACAGUACUAGGUGGAUCAUUCUGUAAACAAAAAGUGAAGUUGUCAAUGGUCUUUUCUUUUAUGAAUUUAUCCUUGGGAUAGCUCUUCCAUUUUUCUCUAUGGACACUCAACAAACACAAGCCUGACAAUUAGUCUUCAUUCAUUGUCGAUUUUAGCCCUGCCUUCACCCUCCACAAUGUGCCAAAGGAUUGUUUAGUUGUGCAUUUUGUAACUGGGAGGGAAAGUGCUAUGAGAAUGACCAUAUUAAUAGCAGAGCACAUUUUGUUGUGGUCCAGUAGUUCAGUAAGGCUUAUGUUACAAACAUCACCCAGUGAUGGUUAUAUUUCUUUGGUAGACUCACAGCUUGUGUGAGGGCAAUGUUCCCAGAAUGUGGGGGGGAGGGUAAAACUGUGAUCACACAAGUUAAAUGUGCGCAAGUUGUGAGUCUUUUUGCCAACAAUUCAUACCAAGUAACAUACUCAUCCCCAAAGUUUUCAAAUUUGUAAAGUUCUUGAAUGGGAUUGAAAGUUUCAUCAAUGAAAGAGGACAUCCGUGAGAUAAUUAGCGAAUGCAAAGACAAACAAUGCAAGUUGUUGUCCAUGAUGCACACAACUGGAACAAAAUAUGUCUUCUCUUGGUUUUGCCUGGUCCUGCUAAUUGCUUGAGUUGCAUGAUAAUAAGGGGUAAUUUUCUGCAAACACACAGAUACUCUUUCAUUGUUGAAUCCCCCAGCUUUCACAUAGCAUUGGUAUGUUGGGAAUUAGUCUUUGGAUGCUCUUAGGGAAAUGUUUUAUGAUGCCUUUAAUUGUGCCAACUGUGGGAUUAGCAGUAGACAAUGGUGGUCUAAUAUAUUGCCCUGAUUUGUGCUUGAAACCUAUAGUUGAGCAACCCUUGUAUACUUGUACAACUAACUUAUUGAGAUUGAGUCCAAAAUCAGAACAGGCAGAUGAGAUGGCAUUGACAAUACCUGCUGCAGUUUGGUCUGAGACUGAAAUGAACCCAAUGAAUUCUCACGUUCAGAUGCAUUCACAUCACUUUCUGCCGGGCUGGAAUGGUUUUCCAUGUUUUAUCACUGCUUUCAUGAUUUGUUGUAACCUGCCCUGUGCCCUUAUGGUGAAGUGCAGGUAAGAAAACUUAUAAGCAAACAUAGGGCAGCCUUCCACCCAACCCCCAUGGAAAAUCCAUGGAAAGUCAGCAGAAACGAGGGCUGGCAUAUUUCACGAAGUGAAAAUCCAAAAACAUACAAAUUGUCCCCCCCCCCCUUUUUUUGGAAAAACAAUUUUUUGGUUAUGUAGCAAAAAAAUCCAGGAUGAACUGCCUCUUUUUGGAAAUUCCCCCCAGACGUCAGUUCCACCGUUGAAAUCCCGGAAAUUCUCCCCAGACGUAUGGCAACCCUUAGCACAAACAAUGUUGUUUCCUUCUGUCCCACGCCAGGGACAUUUAGCCUCAUGGUAAUAUCAUCCCUACCCUAUCUGAAACUGCAUUUUUCUGGUGAAUGGUCCAUUCCAGAAUUUUUAUUUUUUUAUUUUUGUUUCUAUAGCCUCCAUUUUGCUAAUUAGCCGUAAUAGUGGUUUGAUGCACAGUCCCUUUUUCGAGAUCUAGUGACAUGCCCUGUGAUACACUCUGAUUCAGCACAAGGACCUACAAACAUGAGUGUAGCAUCCCUAGGUGGAUGAGGAACAGCUGCCAGGCGUGGUUCCCAGCACCCUCAGGGCCGACCCACCCACGAGGCAAGGGGAGGUGGCUGCCUCAGACCGCAGGAUCCACAGGGGGCGCAGAUUCGGGGGGCCAUGGUAGCAGCAAGAGUUGUGGCACACGCCUUGGAGGCCUCCUCAGCAUUCGCACCCCCCACGUGCUCUGCCGCACUCCCCUCUGCCGCAACAUCUUGGCGAAUAGGAGGCAUUGCUGGUCUCCUCCCACCCUUGUUCCUGAUGUAGAUCUUCAUUCAUCCCUUCUUCCCUGGCUGGGUGCAGGGACAUUUUGUAGUUUGACUCAGGUGCCGAAGCGCCUUAGGCCAGCCCUGCUUAGAUGAUAGACCAGAACUACUAUUCUGAAGGGGGAAGCAGGAUUUGGAUUAAGCCUUCCCUGCCCCGCCUCCCACUCCCAGCCAGGUGAUUGGUACUCUUGUUGAUUGACUGGGGCUGCCUGUAUGCCCCCGGUUUAGUGCAAAUGUAUCAUCAGGUCAGGGCCAUGGUGUAAGGAAACUUUUCAAUUAUUCCAUUCAUUCUUUUUGUCGUAGAUUUUUCUUAGCUAAACUGCAGGGGACGCUUCCUCCGAUGAGGAUCUGAAAUACAUGUGACAAAUGUUAGAUUUGCCAUGGGGAUUCCCUUCUCAUCUUUGAGACAGUUUGAACAGACCCUUCUCUGUUUUACAGCGUAGUGUGACUAAACAAAUCCUAGCUUUCUGUUCUCUCUUCUCAUAAUUUUGGAAUUUUUACAGUGGCAUAUUUCUAGACUCACCCAUCCACUUCUUUUGUUUUUAUAUAUUUUAUGUUGCCUACUUUAUCGCCACCCCCACCUUGGGACUUCUCCACACCAUUACCUUGCAGUGACUCCUUCUGGGAGAGGUGGAAACUUGAACAGCUACAGAGUUCCCUUAUUGCUGAUGGCAGUCAGUGUCCAGUCCCAGGUCAGUGUCAUCUUAAAAGGAAGCCUAUGGUUCCAUUCUUCUCCCUUGCCUCCUCCCCCCAAACCACUUUAUGAUGUCACUUGGCUCCACACUAUAGGGAUUCCCAAUAGUUCAUCGAAAGCCAACAUUUUUAGCAACACAAAACUGCUGCACCACUCUUACCUGAUGCGAUUUUGAUAAAACCCACCAUCCCAUUUGGUGGAAUUGUUCCUGGAAUAGAUGGGGGUGGGGUUCCUGUCAAAAUCCUUUAAUUUGCUAAUCAUUGUGCUUUGUUUUUCUGUUCCUUAGGCAAUCUCUCAGGCAUGGUUCUGA